CAUUCAUUAUAUUCUGCUGCUUCUUCGAGUGAGUGUUUAAAUCCAUCAGACGCGUGUCGAUUUGUUGAUUAGUGAUAUAUUUUUGGACAUAUCGGUUGAAAUAAUUGAUUUUUACGGCAAGUUGGACAGUUUUCUACCAAAAUGGACUACAAUAAGAUGAAAGUGAACGAUUUGAAGACGGAGUUGGCCUCUCGUAACCUAGAUACGAAAGGCGUGAAAGCGGUCUUAGUGGAGCGUCUCAAAGAAGCAUUGGAGAAUGAAAACAGUGGAACUGCUGCUGAAUCAACUCCAUCCGUUGCAGCGGCAAAAAAGUUGGAUGUGGGAACACCAGGGCAAUCCACGCCUGUUCGCCGAAGUCGACGACGUUCGAUGACAAGAUCGCCAUCUCCAACAAAAACCGAAGUAACCCACUUAGAAAGCGUGAGUGAAGAGGUGGAACAAGCUGAAACGAUAGAUCCAACGAGUGCACGCAAAAAACGUAGAACAAGUACAGCCACUAAAUCGCCAUCUCCGACCAGGACAACGGAACCAAAGCAUUUGGAAGUGUUAAACGAAGAGCUUGACGUUACGGACAAAACUUCGAACCCGACAACACCGAAGAAACAGACUGAUGGGGAUACUAACACUGACAAAAAACAAGUAACGCCACAGAAACCUGAUUCUACACCCUCAAAACAAGCCACCAGCCCGGUUGUCACUCCUGUGAAGAUAACUCCAACACCAAAGCAAUCAGGCACACCUAAAAGUACGACAAACCCAGUCGUAACACCAGCAAAAACGCCUGAUGGUCAGCCAUCUGAUCAAGUUACACCCAAGAAAUCAGCUUCCGAAACACAGUCUGACGUUUCAAAAGAUUCCAAGUCACCUGCUAAGGACGAGAGUAACAAGACAGGGGAGACUGAAUCGAAGGAGGAUAUAAAAGCAGAUGAAGAGCAAAACACAGAUGAAGCUUCAAAAGCGGUAAAACGCAAAUCUUCUUCGCCGGCGAAAGAGUCUCCCAGCAAAACUCCGCGCACCAAACCAUCGCAAACCGACAUAGAGUUUGUUGCGGAGGAAAAUGAACCCGAAAUCGAUAACAGCAAAGUUUUGCUCAGUUGGUUUGAUUCGGAUUUGAAUUUGGAGAUAGAUUCAAACACAUUGGAUGCAGCCAAACCCAUAUCUGAUGGUGCAUUAGCCUUACUUUGGGCAGGAGCGCGUGCCAAUUAUGGCGUAACUACAGGAAAGGUAGCUUUUGAAGUUAUCUUGACAAAGAUAACUGAAAUGCGUAAGGUCACAGAAGAACCUGUUACUUCUGAAUUCCGAGUUGGAUGGUCGACGGCGGACGCGAACCUACAGCUGGGCGAGGCCAAGCAUUCCUUUGCCUAUGCCAGCUCAGCAUCGAAAGGGACGGAUAGUACAUUUUCCAGCUAUGGUUCCGAGUACAAAGUGAACGAUGUUGUUGGGGUAUAUCUAGAUUUGGAAUCCAACCCAUGCAAAAUAGAGUACACCGUCAACAACGUUGACCAAGGAACGGCUUUUGAAUUCGAUAAGACGGAACUGGAGGGAAAAGCGCUGUUCCCACAUGUCUGCAGUAGAAACAUUGGUUUUAAAGUUAAUUUUGGACAGCUGGAACGAAGUUUACUCAAUGACAGGCCUAAACCCAAGAAGGCAAAAAAAGAUGUAAAGAAAACAGAAAAGCAACCCGAAACAACGAAGGAUAGUAAAGUUCAAUCAGCAGAGACAGAGAAAUCAUCGGAAACAGAUCAAACAGAAGCGGACAAACCAGUUGAGUCAGAAAAAUCACAAGAAAUUGAAAAUGUCACGGGAACUGGGGAGGAUAAACCAAUUGAAACGAGUAAUGACACAGAGAAGGUUGAAGAGAAGGAAGAUCAAAAAGAAGAGGAAACUGUGGAGCCUGAAAUAUUUACCAUCAAUCCAGACUAUAUCUACGUAUCGCAAUCACCAAAAGAAAGUUUGGUGCUCGGAGUUUGCCGCCCCGAGAAGCGUGAAGAUUGUGAGCUCAUUUUUCUUAUUGGAAUGCCUGCCAGUGGUAAAACACAUUGGGUCACGAAUUAUCUCAAAGAAAAUGCGGAUAAAAAGGCGACUGUGCUCAGUGUCCAUACACUGUUGGAACAAAUGAAGCUUGCUGGUGUACCCAGAAAACCAGAUAACACGAAGAAAUGGACAAGACUUGUUGACCAGCUUUCCAAAAGUCUUAACAAACUAUGUGAAGUUGCGGCCAAGCGAAGAAAGAAUUUUAUUUUUGAUCAGACCAACGUGUUUCCUUCAGAACAAAAGCGUAAACUACGAGGAUUCGGUAAAUUUGCGGUAAGAAAAGCUGUUAUUGUAGUUCCCGACGAAGAAGAGCAUGAACGGCGCAUUAAGCUGAAGAAUGAAGUAUUCGGUGUUGAAGUUCUCGAGUCUCACCUCAACGUGAUGAAAGCACACUUUCAUAUUCCUCCUAAGGAAUUGAACUGGUUCACUGAAGUUACUUACACUGACUUGGAUGCCGAAAAGUCAGUUGAACGGGCGAAAGUGCUCAACGAAGUCGGCCAGAAAGCAAUUCCCCGAGGAUUCAACAGGAAUCAACAGCAACGGCGAGGUGCAAACAACAACCAACGGUGGAAUCAGGGCAACAAACGAUACAGCGGCGUUCAGCAGUAUCAUCAAGGUGGAUACAACCAGCAGCGGUUAAAUAAUACACAGCAGUAUUCUCAGAAUAGGAACUACCGAGGCGGAUAUGGACGGCCGAAUUCCGGAAGCUAUACGGGUGGCCGCUACGGAAAUAACAGUGAUUGGACGCGCGGCCGUUUUGAUAAUCGCUAUAACAAUCGGGGAUACCAGAAUAAUCAAGCUCAACGAUAUGGAGGCAACUACAACAGAGGAUACAACAGCGGAUCUUCAUGGAAUCAGCAGAAUUCUAACUGUUGGAGCUACGGUAGCAACCAAGGAAACGAUUCUCAGCAGUGGUACUCCUGGUGGCAGUCAAAUCUCAAGAACUUGAUGCAGCAACAAGGAGGUAGUGGUGGUGACAAUUCACAACAGUACUGGUCGCAGUACGCACAGCAAUCUAAUUAUGGUAACCACCAGCAUUCAAAAUCCCAAGGCUCGGGAUCAUCGGCCAGGAAUAAGUAAACUUAUUACUUACGUACAAAUCCAGCCCUUCUUAGUUCAUAAGUGACUUUUUAUCAACUUUCUCACACAAAAGCGGCACUAUCAUUUGUGGUAAUAACUAAUACUCUACCAUUUGCUAUAAGUGUGAUUCGGAUUCCGUUCAAUGCACUGCAUAUGCUAUUAUAAUUAACUUUCUUGAGAAAAACUACAAUUGAUUUCAUCUUAAAAAUAAAGGUGAAAAAAUAUAAUUAUUUGUAUGCUAAAAAGAAGAUAAAUACUGACAGAGAAAAUUGUAGUCGCGAGAGAAAGUAUAGAAUGCUAAGGUUAUUAAAAAAUAAUAUCUUCAUAAUAUGUAACAUAGGUUGUCAAACUCAUUUUUUGUUUGAGGUAAGUGGUAGUGUUUAUUAAAUAUUUCUUUCAUGCUAGAGCAAUACACGAUAAGAUAAUGUGUUACACUAAAUAAGUUGAUGCGUUGCGUUGGAAUAUUUUUUUCCAUGAUGUACUGACCAUCUUAGUUUUAAUAUUAUUUUAUGAUCCUCGUAUUGUUUAAUCUGUUUAACAUAAAUUAACUAGUUUGAUCUGUAAAUUUGGUUUCGUAACAUGUUUAUUACUUUUAUAUUUGGUUUGACUUUCAUAUAGUUAUGCAUUUAAGAGAAUCACAUAGUUUAAAAUAUAGGUAAAUAAAGACUACUACUUUAAGAAUUGAUAGGACUGCGUCAUAAUUAUUUAAAAUAAUAAAUACCGAUAUCAAA